AUGGGAGAUCCAUCUAAGCUCUUCCUCCUUCAGAAAGUUAUUGAAGUUAUUAAGAGAGAUAACUUGUUAGAGAAGACUAAGGAUGUUGGCAAAUUCUUCCAACAAGAAUUAGCUCGACUGCAGUCCGCUCACUCUUCAAAACUUUCUCAAGCUCGAGGUUUAGGAACAUUCGCUGCUAUAGAUCUUCCAAACGCUGAUAUCAGGGACCAGUUUGUGGCAAAGGCAGUCAAUUUGGGUUUACACUGUGGAGGUUGUGGCGAGAAGUCGGUUCGUUUCCGACCAGCGCUCAUUUAUGGAAAGAAGCACGCCGAAAUCACUUUUGACAUCUUGGAAAAGACUGUGAAACAGAUAUAA